AUGCAACGUACGCUUAUGGAUACUCGCCCCAAACCCGUCGACGCGGAGAGUGCGCAACUAGCCAUCGCAACGUUUUUCCACGUGUGUCGUAUUGCACCGAAUGUUGCGGAGCACGAUGCUUUUAAGACGAUGCUGAAAAAGGUUGCUGCUGCUGGUACAGGAUUUACACCUCCUGGACAACGGCUAAUAAUGGGAAGAUUGUUGGAGGAGUGCAAGGCGAACACCGACACUGCGUUGAAGGAGGUGAAGGAUUCACGGAAGGAUGUUGGGGUGUGCAUCGCGUGUGACGGUUGGACCGACAGCGAAGGACGUCCGCAGCUGAACUUCUUAGCUGUCAAUGCGAUUGCAUCCGUAUUUCUUUUUGGGGUGGAUUGCGGCACGGAGAAAAAGGGAGCAGAAUUCAUUGCUGGCCACUUGAAGACGGCAAUGGUCAUGGUGGGAACGGAGAACGUAGUCGGCCUGCUGAUGGGCGGUGCGUCCGCGAAUGUCAACGCUGCCAGCAUCAUCGCCCUCGACUACCCAAAAGUUCAGUGGAUUCGUUGCGCUGCGCAUUCUCUCAAUCUAAUGAUGAAGGACAUUGGCCAACUCGAUUGGGCCAAGGAUACCAUCGACCGCACGCAGCAGCUAAUUUCAACGCUGAAGAACGCGCACUGGAUUACGGGGGUUCUUCGGAAGGAGAAGGCGCUACAAAUCUUGAAACCUGCGAGCACUCGUUUUGGAACAAACUACAUCGCCCUCGAACGCCUGCAAGCAGUGCGCAAAACUCUCGACAAGCUGGUGCUGAGUGAGGAUUGGGAGGAGUACGUCAAGGGAAAGCCGAAAAUGAAGGACGCAUGGGAUACUAUUAUCGACAAAGAGUUCUGGGCGCGCGUUGGGACGGUGCUCGAUGUGCUUUGUCCGGUCUAUAAGCUGUUGCGGAAUGUUGACGGCAAUCAGGAGGUGAUGGGCAAGAUCUAUGACAAAAUGUUUGUUUUGGAGGACGCGGUGAAGGAGGCGUGUAAGGAGCUGACCGAGGAGGAGAAGGAGGAUGUGACCGACAUCGGUGAGUUCGUGAAAUUGGGAGGGGUGAUGGCGCCACUCGCAACCAUCGUCGAAAAGGAGGACUUGACAUACACCAAGGGGAAGGGAGACACUGGGGAGCAGAAAGCGCGUGAUGAACAUGAACUCAUCAAAGCUGGGCUUUUGGAUUCGGCGCAUUGGUGGGAAUUCAAUGGCACGGACGUGCCCCACCUCUCCAAGCUUGCAAGGAGAGUUCUCAAGCAACGUGUCUCGGCCUCUCCUUGCGAGACGAACUGGGCCGUUUGGGAGUCAAUCCAUACAGCUCGUCGUAAUCGCCUUGGAGCGAAACGCCUUGCCGACCUAGUGUACGUGAGCCACAACUAUCACACAGUGAAAAAGUUGAAUGAGGAUCUUGCUAAGAAGCUGGUGGUGAGUGGGCUUCCUGUGAUCCAACUUAAAGAGGAACCUACUGACAGCUAUGGGCAUCUCGAUGACGACGACAUCCCUGAUGAGGCAUAUCUUGAUGGCCAGGAAGCGGAAGAACCGAAGGAGUGA